GUUUAUAUACUCGUAACAACAAAGCUUGCCACUAACAACAACAACAACAACAACAACAACAACAACAACUUGCAACACCUGCAACAUCUUGCAACAACAACUUCGAAUGCCAUCGCCAUUUGCCAGCCGCAACAACAACAACUCAAGUUCAAAGUUCAAAGUCUUCCAUCUUCAUUAAGUUUUGAGUCGCCGCAGGGGCGACUUUUUGGGCACACUGAGCCGUACAUCUAGAUAAUGUCCACAUCCACGGCGACAACGAGCGUCAUCACGUCGAACGAUCUAUCGCUGUCCGCCCACGCACACGCCCAUACGCACGGUCACGCCCACACGCACACGCAUACGCACACCCGCGUCGGCGUGGGCGUGGGCGUGGGCGUAGGUGGCCAUCUGAGCGACGCCUCACUGUCGCCCAUACAGCAGGGCGCCAACAUAGUCGCCAGCAGCAACAGCUCCCCUUUGGGCCAGAACGGCGUGCCGCUGCUGACCACGAUGCAUCGUUCGCCGGACAGCCCCCAGCCGGAGCUGGCAACGAUGACGAACGUGAAUGUGCUCGAUCUGCACACGGACUCCUCCAAGCUCUACGACAAGGAGGCGGUCUUCAUCUAUGAGACGCCCAAGGUGGUCAUGCCGCCGGAUGGCAAUGGGGCCGGCAAUGGAGGCGGCGGCGGCAACGGCGGGCCCGGCUCCAAUGGCGGCCACGACGAUGGCCAAGUGAUAGACGCCCGCAUCGCGGCACAGUUGAGCACACAGCACCUGACGGCGACACAGCAGCAGCAGCAACAGCAACAGCAGCAGCAGCAGUCGGAGCAUCAGCCGCUGGCCAAGAUCGAGUUCGAUGAGAAUCAAAUUAUACGCGUGGUCGGCCCCAAUGGCGAGCAGCAGCAGAUCAUAUCGCGGGAGAUCAUCAACGGCGAGCAUCACAUCCUGUCCAGAAACGAGGCCGGCGAGCACAUACUCACGCGCAUCGUCAGCGAUCCCUCCAAGCUGAUGCCCAACGACAACGCGGUGGCCACCGCCAUGUACAACCAGGCCCAGAAGCUGAACAACGAGCACCAUGGCGUCUAUCAGACCUCCCCGCUGCCGCUGGACGCCUCCGUGCUGCACUACGGCAACGACAAUGUGAUCAAGACCGAGGCGGAGAUCUAUGAGGAUCACAAGAAACAUGCCGGCGGCUCCAUUAUCUACACCACCUCCGAUCCGAACGGCGUCAAUGUGAAUGUCAAGCAGCUGCCGCAUCUGACGGGCGUGCCCCAGAAACUGGAUCCCGAACUGUAUCAGCCGGACAAGCACAUCGAUCUGAUCUACAACGAUGGCAGCAAGACCGUCAUCUACUCCACCAGCGACCAGAAGGGCCUCGAGAUCUACUCCGGCGGCGAUAUCGGCAGCCUGGUAUCCGACGGCCAGGUCGUCGUGCAGGCAGGUCUGCCCUAUGCGACGGCCACCAGUGGCACGGGUCAGCCUGUUUACAUUGUGGCCGAUGUCGAGGAGCAUUUGCAGGGCGCCGGCAAACUGAAUGGCCAGACCACACCUAUCGAUGUCUCUGGCCUAUCGCAAAAUGAAAUUCAAGGCUUUCUGCUUGGUUCACACCCCUCAUCUUCGUCCGCCACAACCGGCGUGGUCUCCACAACAACAAUCUCAAAUCAACAGCAUCAACAGCAGCAACAUCAGCAGCAGCAGCAACAGCAGCAUCAACAGCAGCAGCAGCAGCAGCAGCAGCAGCCGCCACAUCCCAGCGACAUUGUAACCAUAACCACCGCGGGCGUGGGGAGCGCGGGCUCAAUUGUCUCCGCUGCAGUGCAGCAGCAGCAGCAGCAGCAGCAGCAGCUGCUGAGCAUCAAGCGUGAGCCCGAAGACUUGAGCAAGGAUCCCAAGAACGGCAGCCUGGGCGCCUCAGCAAAUGGUUCGGUCAUAACGCAGAAGAUAUUGGGCGUGGAUGCAGCUAGAACCGAAACUGAGGCAACUGCAACUGCAUUCGAAAUAGGCAAUAAUACAGCAGCAACAACAACUGCAACUGCAACUGCAACUAGUCCCGCCAGAGCGACAGCGACAGAUCUAGAGAUGUAUGCUACCACGGGCGGCACACAGAUUUAUCUACAGACCUCACACCAGCAGAGCAGCAAUGGCGCCAACACACAGCAGAGCACACUGCAAGCGCAAAGUCCCAGUCCCGGGCCGUAUAUCACAACGGACAGCUAUGGCAUGUAUACGGCGAGCAGGCUGCCGCCCGGCCCACCGCCCGCCACCACAUUCAUAACGGAGCCCUAUUAUCGUGAAUAUUUUGCACCUGACGGCCAAGGCGGCUAUGUGCCAGCGGGCACGGCGCGCAGUCUCUACGGCGAGGAUGUAUCCGUUACGGCGGCCACGCAGCCGCAGCCCGUGGGCGGCGUCUACGAGGCGCGCUUCAGCAGCAAUGCGCCCACCACCACCACAGUGCUAACCAGCAGCAAUGCACACCACCACAGUCAACAGCAGCAGCAGCAGCAACAGCAGCAGCAGCAACAACAGCAACAGCAGCAGGAACAGUCGGGCAAAAGCGGCGGCACCCCACUAUAUGCCAAGGCUAUAACGGCGGCGGGUCUGACCGUGGACUUGCCCAGUCCCGAUUCGGGCAUUGGCACGGAUGCCAUAACGCCGCGGGAUCAGAAUCACAUACAGCAGUCCUUCGACUAUACGGAACUGUGUCAGCCGGGUACCCUGAUCGAUGCAAAUGGCAGCAUACCCGUUUCGGUGAACAGCAUACAGCAGCGCACCGUGGUGCAUGGCAGCCAGAAUAGUCCAACCACAUCGCUGGUGGAUACCAGCACAAAUGGCUCGACACGUUCGCGGCCCUGGCACGAUUUCGGGCGCCAAAAUGAUGCUGACAAAAUACAAAUACCAAAAAUCUUCACAAAUGUGGGCUUUCGCUAUAAUCUGGAGAGCCCGAUCAGCUCGUCGCAGCGGCGCGAAGACGAUCGCAUCACCUACAUCAACAAGGGUCAAUUCUAUGGCAUAACGCUGGAGUAUGUGCACGAUGCGGAUAAGCCAAUCAAGAAUACAACAGUUAAGAGUGUGAUCAUGUUAAUGUUUCGCGAGGAGAAGAGUCCCGAGGACGAGAUAAAGGCCUGGCAAUUCUGGCACAGUCGUCAGCAUUCCGUGAAGCAAAGAAUCUUGGAUGCAGAUACAAAGAACUCGGUUGGUCUUGUUGGCUGCAUUGAGGAAGUGUCGCACAAUGCCAUCGCCGUCUAUUGGAAUCCGCUCGAGAGCUCUGCCAAGAUCAACAUUGCGGUUCAAUGCCUCAGCACGGACUUUAGCAGUCAAAAAGGUGUUAAGGGCCUGCCGCUGCACGUACAAAUCGAUACGUUCGAGGAUCCGCGGGACGCGACGGUCUUCCAUCGCGGCUACUGUCAGAUAAAGGUCUUCUGCGAUAAGGGCGCAGAGCGCAAGACGCGCGAUGAGGAGCGCCGCGCGGCCAAGCGCAAAAUGACAGCCACCGGACGCAAGAAGCUGGACGAGCUCUAUCAUCCGGUCACAGAUCGUUCCGAGUUCUAUGGCAUGCAGGAUCUGGCCAAGCCGCCCGUGCUCUUCUCGCCCGCCGAGGAUAUGGAGAAGAGCUUCUAUGGCCAUGAGACUGACUCGCCGGAACUGAAGGGCGCCUCGCCUUUCUUGCUGCACGGCCAGAAGGUGGCCACGCCCACGCUCAAGUUUCACAAUCAUUUUCCGCCCGACAUGCAGACUGACAAGAAGGAUCAUAUACUGGAUCAGAGCAUGUUAACCAGCACGCCCAUGUCCGACUUUGGGCCGCCCAUGAAACGUGGCCGGAUGACGCCGCCGACCACGGAGCGCGUCAUGCUGUACGUGCGGCAGGAGAACGAGGAGGUCUACACGCCGCUGCACGUGGUGCCGCCGACCACAAUUGGCCUGCUGAAUGCGAUUGAAAACAAAUACAAAAUCUCAACAACGAGCAUAAAUAACAUUUAUCGCACAAAUAAGAAGGGGAUUACGGCGAAAAUUGAUGAUGACAUGAUAUCCUUCUACUGCAACGAGGACAUUUUCUUGCUGGAGGUGCAACAGAUCGAGGACGACCUGUACGAUGUGACGCUCACAGAGCUGCCCAAUCAGUAGUACUUGCUCUCAAAAACCACACACACACCCCCCAAAACACACACACACACACACACACACAAAAUGUGGACACAAUUUUGCUAACAAAAGUUGUUUCAAUAAGCCAUUUUUUCAAAAUAAACCAUAAGCUAGGCUAAGCGCUCGAUAUGAAUACAUAAUUAUGAAUAUAUAUGUAUAAUGUAUCUAUAUACAUAUAUAUGUGUGUGUAAAACUGAACAAUAUUCGGAAUCGAACAAUACAAAACCAUUAGUUGUAAUUGUUUUUGUGUUAGCUACAUUAGUAACAAUGAGAUUACAUUAAAUUUUUUAACAAAUUUCCACUCUCGCUAUGUU